AACUUAUUAUUAGUCUAGGCAAAUAAAUUGAAAGAAAUCGUCAUUCACGUCUCUUGUUUCCAGUACCUCCGCGUUGAAUUCAGUUGGAAUUUAAUAUCGACAAAAUAAAAUGACUAAAACCUUAAUCAUCUCGACAGAGUUUUAGAGAAGGCAGCAAAGGUGAUGUGUGCUUUGUAAAAACCAAUCCGCUCAUACAACCCUGAUGGGCAUCAUGUCGAAUCCCCCCCCAAAAAGUAAGUACUAAGUUGAUAUUUGAAAGAAAAAUGGCGCCACCCAAUUCCCAGUUUGAACAUGGCAUCUGUCACAUGGCUCUAGUGUGGUAGACAGUCAAUCACUCAAGUGGCUUCUCUUUUGGCGUAAUAUUUUCAAUGUCUACGUGACUGGAUACGCGUUUCUUUCACACGUCGUCCUUUUUUUACAAAGAAACAGAAGAGGGAUUCCCCCCCAACCCAUCUAUUGUGAGCCUAUAAAAGACGGGCUUCCCCAUCUUUUAGACCAUCAGUCAACUGUCAAAUCUCCAGCAGCAGCAAACUAACCGGUGAAUAAGAUAACCGACAAUUCUUUCAAUUUAACUUCAAUUGUUUCCUAAAAGUCUCAUCACCAGUACAAUGGACGUCCUCAACUCAGUUAACGUUGCUGCCGUUCAAAGCACCUGGGCCGUCAUUAAAUCGGACAUCAACACUUUUGCUCCCCAAUUCUACGUGGCACUGUUGACUGCUUAUCCGGAAUACCAAGCCAUGUUCCCCACCAUCGCCAAUGUUCCAUCCGGCCAACUGUUGAACAACGCUGCACUCAUUACCUUGUCAGUCAAUGUCGUCACCAAAUUGUCGGAAAUCAUCGACUCUUUGGGCAAUUCAGGAGCCUUGAACGCAAAAUUGGUUGAUCUGGCCAACCAGCAUAAACAGCGCGGAACAACUCGAGCCCAUUUCGACAACAUGGCCACCGUGUUGGUGAGAUUUUUGGCUGCCACUCUCGGCUCCGCCUUCACUCCGGAAGCCAAACAAGCCUGGACAUCCACCAUGCAAGGUAUCAACACCAUCAUCGAAGCUUCUGCUUGAAAUCCUAUCCUCCUACAUUGCAAGAAGCUGCUUUUC